UCCGUUUCUUUAUGGACGGGACAAUGAACGCGACAGGGUAUACCUGACUCUAUUGAUUUGCGGAGCGCGCGCAAUGGUUCCAAAAAUAAAUCAAAUAAUACGGUUGCGGGUAGAAAAUAACGCUGGGUGCAAGUUAUACAGUUAAAUAUUUUAUAAAAUUAGAUCAAAAUUAAUUAAAUUGCUUUUAAAACGUCAAAGUGGAUAUAUCAGAACAACUUUAUCAAAGAUGUGAGAACUUGGAAAAUAGAAUUUGAUAGCAAAAUAUCACAAAGAUUGAUCUUGCCGACAAAGAUGAAACAAGAGCCGACAACUAUAAUAGCUCUGAUGAGCCUCUCAGUGGCCUACUGUUGCGUUUUCCCCAAAUACCUACAACUUAUCACGUGGCAUAAAAAUAUACACAGAUCGACACGCAUUGCCAUCUACUUCCGGGAAGACAUAAUGGAGUUUCAGCAGGAAAAUACGAAACUAAACUUCAUAUCUGAUGAAUGGGAAGACAGAUGCUAUCAAAUGGUUGAUGUAAACAAAUACCUUGUUAUGCAUGAGAAUAAUACUUUUUCUUGCAUUGUGUUUGUUCAAAGAGGUGAAUCAGUUAUUCAAAUGAAGUCUUCAAUGCCAUCUGAUAAACCAUCAUCGGUUCUUUGUGAUGACAGACAAGUACAACUGGACCCAUCACUACUUGUUUCAUAUGAAAUGUCUCAGAAGGAAUUCCAAGUAUGCCCGUUUGCGGGUGGGUAUAACAUGAAAUUGAGAGAUAAAGGUGGAACCGCUCAUCCUUGUAAUUCUAUGGAACUUCCUAUGAGAUUUGAAAGUGAAUGUCAUAAAGGUGAAGGAAUUACAAUUGACUUCCGAAUUGAUCACUGCGCAGGCAAUAUUCCAAUGAGUGUAACACAAAAAGCAAUUUGUGUGACGUCAUGGCGACAAGAUGGCGAUGUUUUAACAAUUUUAAGAGCCCCAGAUACGAAUAAAUUAUGGUGUCUCCGUAUACCAGCCAGACGUUCUUUUGAUGGUAAAACAAUGAUGAUAUUAUAUAUGGACCCGACUUGUAAUGAUUAUUCAGACGCUCAGUUUUAUACCCUGGAACUAGAAUUAAUCAAUCAAAACAGUUUAUGCCUAGAUGAACAUAAUGGUUGUAGUAGACUACCGUGCUACGAUUAUUUCACAUCCCAAUGUUUGAGAUCGUGCGGACAAUGUGAUCCUAACGUAUAUCAAACGGCUUGUGAUUUUCCUAGGAAAAUACGAGGAGAAUGGCUUCUAAAUGAUGCAUAUGGAAGAAAUAGUGUUAAUAUUUCUGGAUCACAACUGCAAUAUGAUAGACUUGGAUCCUUUAGCUGCGUAACGUUUCCCGAUUCUCCAUCUUCUAGAAAGACUAAACAGUUCACGACGGUUUCUUUUUUCACUAACGGAUGUCGGCCACGAUAUACUUGCGUUGCAUUUAAACGAAUGCGCUCGAAUGUAUAUGGGUUUGCAUUAAGCCAAAGUAAAACAUGGCCCUUGGAAAAUGGUCACGCAAACGUGUGGUCAAAAAUUUGUAGCACGAACAAUUUUCAUGGUGAUCCCAAACCUAUCGGCGAUGCAUUCCGGACAUACAAUGACGUUUUUAAGCCAAUGAUAACAAAACCUAGUUCUAUCUCCGGAAUAACAUGUCCAUUAGACCAUAGCUAUAUUCUUAAUGCAACAUUUCAGACAGGUGGAACAUGUGCAGGUCGUUUAUUCAAAGUAUGUCAGAAGAAGUCUCAUAUUCGCUUACAGUAUGAUAACUGCCAUUUGACUGCUAAAAAUUAUGAAGACUUCAAGUGUAUAAGUAUGAUAGAAAGCAAGUACUGGGAAAAGAUUAUCUUGUUACAGAGAUAUAAUGAUUUAAAUGACACAGUGUGUAUAAUUCUGUCAGAUGUAGAACCUGGGCGCGUGCUUUUAUUGCCGUCAGGAGAAUGUGACCAGUUCACGCGGACAUAUGUCAAUGUUGGACUCCGGCGGCCUUCACUUGACAUGAUUGUUACACCUGAGAUCCAGUCAUGUAGAUCUGUUGAAACAACUACAGCUACUGCUGUCGUGCAUAAAUUAGCUACAUCUCAGACUCCUCUUGAACCAAUGAAAGACGCUUAUGUGGGUGGGCGUUCAAGUGAAUAUUUCUCAAACAAAAGUGCUAAAACAACUCAUAAACACCGUCAUCAAAAUCAUAAGACAACAACACCGUCCUUCCCUUAUAAAGUUGUACAGAAUGAUGACCCAGAUAAAGCCAUAAAUACAUUAGUAUCAUCAUCGUCAUCAUAUACAUUCAGUGCUCAUACAUUUUUUCUUACCUUUUCUAUAUAUUUUAUUUUACAAUUUAUAUAUUAUGUAUUCUUUGAAUAAGUUUUUCUUUUUUUACUUAUUAAUCUUAUAUAUACAGCUUGUCAAUAAACUAUUUUGCUACAGACGUGUUUUGCUGCU